CGUUAAUUUUCCCAAUAAUAAGUGAAUUCAAACACUUUGUGGUGUUGAAUUUGCUUAUCAGGCUUGGAUAGGGUGGUUCAAUGGCUAAGGGGACAGGACCACGUGCGCCCACGUGGAGGCACGUGUCUCGGAUGUUGAGAGGUGAUGGGCCUCGUCUCUUAGCUACCUUGUCGCCUUUCCUAUCGGGCGGGGAUGGCUGCGAAGGUUUUGUAUUCUUCAAAGCCCGCACCAGUAGGAAGUUCAUUUCCGAAGUCCCCCAGAGCAACCGGGGAUGGAAGGAAAAGUUUGUUUUCAUCGAGUUUUCCCUCUUCUUCGCUCCUCUGGCCGGUCUGAAAUGGAAUGACCAUCUGCUCGACCAAGAGUACACUGCACCGGCUUCCUCCCCAGACUUGGAAGCGAAUCUUGAGGUCCUCAUGCGUGGGGAUCCUUUCACCGGGAGGACGUUUCAUUAUGGCAGCUGGGUUUGGAGGGUCGACUCGGGUGGCGAGGGUACCUCCCCGGCCCAUGACGCAGCGGGGUGCGGGGUACCCUCCCCGGGCAACACUGCGGAGGCUGAGGGCAACUCCCACCCAGAUAUGGAGUUUGAAGAGUUCGCCAUCCCUGACGACCAACCAGCCGGGGAGACUGGGGGCUCCGAAGCCAAUCCUGCCAGAACUUUCCCGGUCAAUCCAGAGACCGUGGAAAUCCUGGAUGAAGAUGAGCCCCAAGACAACCGGUCUAAGGGGAAGGAGAAGGAGAAGGCCGGUCGCCGGGUUAAGAAGGUGGCCACCACGCACCCUUCUUACGCCAAGAAGAGGGCUAGGCUGGAUUCUGAGCCGGCCGGUCAGACCAUCGAAGAAGCCUUCAUCAAUCUGGGGUUGAGGCUGAAGGAGGCGGGGGAGAUCGGGCCGCAGACAGUGGACCGGCUGGGGAUGAGUUCCCCUUCUGAAGUCGACCGGCUGAAGAAGGAGAAGGAAGAAAUGGCACUCAUCCUGAGGAGCCAGGCUGAUGAGCUGAUCCGGCUGUCUGGGCUGGCCGGGGCAAUGAAGACUGAGAUCUCCCAACUGAAGGAGGAGAAUGGCCGGCUGCUGGACGAGGUCUCUGAAGCAAAAAGAGAGAUGGCGGAGAAGGAAGAAAACUUCCCCGGGCGCGCAGCCGCCUGGGUUGAAGAAAACAAGGCCGAAGCUGCCCGGGAAGGAAGAUGAUUACCGCCGUCGGAUCUUUCGGAUUCAAGUGCGGUCAAAAGAAAGACCGGGCAGCUUCCCACCGGAUCCUCCUG